AUGCGUCGCAACAGUCUUCUACAAGCGCUCGCCGUCGGCAGUCCACACAAUAUCCCGCAUUUCAAAACCCUACAGGACAUCAUUCGCGCUAUAAAACAAGACUGGUCCCCUAAGUCAACCGUGGGCGAGCAUCUUGAGGAAAAGGAUUUUAAAGGACGGGCCGGACUCGAAUAUUCCAAUCUGAUAUUCGGUAUCGACUACACCAAGUCGAAUUGCUAUCAAGGUGAACGAACCUUCGACGGUCGAACACUUCACGACUUGAGUCCACAUGAAAUGAACCCACCAACAGACCGAGUUCUCAUUACAAUUCGAGAUAUGGUGAUAGAAAUCGUCGGAAAAACGUUGUCGUCAUUCGAUGCGGACGGGAUGAUCCCAGCAUAUGGAUUUGGUGAUGAGGAGUUCACCGAUAAGGGAAUUUUCAACAUCGCUGAUCGAUAUGACCUCGAAAAGGAUUGUAAUGGAUUUGAAGAGGUGCUCAGGGUCUACAAUGAAGUCACGCCAAAGGUGGCGAUGAGUGGACCGACGAACUUUGUCCCAUUGAUUGAACGAGCUGUUGAAAUCUGCAAAGAGAAAGCACUCGUAUCAUAUCCUUGUGAUCGUUGCUGA